AUGGCGCAGCGCGCACCCCACGGCGCGGGCACGCGGCCGCGUUCCCCGCCUCCCAUAAAGGCGCCUUCCUCGCGCGGCUUCGCUUCCCAUUUCCUCCGCCCUCCACCGUCCGCGUCGAGGAACACCAUCCGCCCGCCACCCCGCCGCGCGUGCAGCGAGACCAGCCGCGGCGAAAUCGCCCCCAGCAGCAUGAGCGCCGCGGAGGAGGAGCAGCGAUCCGCCGCGGCGGCGGGCGGGGAGGAGGAGAGGCGGGAGCGUGGCGGCGGCCUGGUGUCGGGCCUGGUGGACAAGGCCAAGGGGUUCGUGGCGGAGAAGGUGGCGCAGAUCCCCAAGCCCGAGGCGUCGCUGGAGCGCGUCGCCUUCAAGAGCGUCAGCCGGCAGGGCAUCGAGCUGCAGAGCCACGUCGACGUCAACAACCCCUACUCGCACCGCAUCCCCAUCUGCGAGGUCACCUACACCUUCAAGAGCGCCGGCAAGGUGAUCGCGUCGGGCACGAUGCCGGACCCCGGGUGGAUCGCGGCGAGCGGCAGCACCAAGCUGGAGCUGCCGGUGAAGGUGCCCUACGACUUCAUCGUCUCGCUGAUGAAGGACCUGGGAGGGGACUGGGACAUCGACUACGUGCUGGAGGUGGGGCUCACCAUCGACCUCCCGGUCGUCGGCACCUUCACCAUCCCGCUCGCCACCGAGGGCGAGAUGAAGCUCCCCACCUUCCGGGACCUCUUCUAAUGAUGAGCAAAUUCUUCUUCGUCAAAUGCCUCGAUCUAUCGCGGACGAAUUGUCGUUUUAUCUUUUUCCCGUCGUAAUUAACUCGUUAGUGAUGGAUCUAAAUCGCAGGUAAUA